CUGAAGAAUGUGGAGCAGAAAGAGCCUCCGAGUUGCAGCUAUUUAUUCAUGAAGCGCGCAGCUCACGGAUACUCAUUCACAAGUCGAGCCUCGUGCGCUGGACUAACGAUGCCACGGUCCUUUCUGGUGAAAAAACAUCUCAGUUACAAAAAGCCAAAUUAUGGUGAGCUGGACUCCAAGAAAAAAGAAGACCCAACUUCAGCAUAUUCUCAAGAGGAAACUAUAGUGUGCCUACCCUUCUCUGAGCCACCCUGUCCUGUCCCCUGCCCAGUGCAGCCUCUCAGAGGCUGGCUGUCUGGUGCUCUGGUAGUCGCACAACCAGGAUCCCCUGUGGAGCUGAACGCUGUCCCCGCGGCUCUGAUGGACACAGGGUCGCUGCGUGCUGACUUUCCCCUGGAAGGUCCAGCUAGGGAGCUGGGCUUCCCCAUUUCAGUGGGCCACACUUCCUUCAGGGGCUCACUCUCCUCCCUGGGAUCCCAUGAGGUCCCGGAGACUCGGGCUUUUCGGCUCUCUGAGGACCCCCUAAUCACCAAGGAGCGGGGUGAUGUUCCUGCUGCCCUCCUGGGCCUGGUACCUGGUGACCAGGAUCGUGGGUUUGAGUGCCUCGGCUGCCGUAAAGCCCGCUUCACUUUCUCUGGCCUGGCCAAUCAUAGGCAGCCGCACUGUGAGUGGCACUGCCCUCGAGGAUUCAGCUGCAAGUACUGCAAUAAGGAGUAUGUGAGCCUUGGGGCGCUAAAGAUGCACAUCCGCACACACACACUGCCCUGUGUUUGCAAGCUGUGUGGGAAGGCCUUCUCCCGGCCCUGGCUGCUGCAGGGACACAUCCGAACACACACAGGAGAGAAGCCCUUUUCGUGCCCUCAUUGCAGCCGGGCCUUCGCAGAUCGCUCCAACCUGAGGGCCCACCUGCAAACACACUCCGAGGUCAAGAAAUACCAGUGCAAGAGCUGCUCCAAGACCUUCUCCAGGAUAUCUCUCUUGUCCAAACAUCAAGAAACUGGCUGCUGCCCGAUGCUGUAAUUCGCUGCUGACUGCACUGGACCUUGGGCUGCAUCCACUCUCCAGUGCCCCAGUACUUCCCUACGGAGCCCUGCUGAGACUGCUUUGACUGACAUAAUUCUGAGCCAAUGAGAACACUACUGUAAAUAUGGAUCUAUCAUAAAGACCUGCAGUAUUAGCUGAGGGACACUCCAAACCUUAUAUGUGCCAAAAAAGUUAAGAACAGCAUGAAACUGUUACAAAACUCAUUAGGACAAAAUAGGAGGAAAGCACACUAUAAAUUUAAAUUUAUAAUUUAAGCUUACCUCAACUAAAGCUUAAAUUUUAA